UUCGACACCCAGAGCUGGCGGGCUGCUAAGGCGGUAGGGUUUCGGCAACUUGGAAGGUGUCAAUGUUCGUUCAUUAUUGACCCUUCUUUACUCAGCCUCAAGCUGCCUCAGUGGAAGAUGAUCCACGAGCUACUUCUAGCGCUGAGCGGAUACCCUGGGAGUAUUUUUACAUGGAACAAACGAACUGGCCUGCAGGUAUCACAGGAUCUUCCUUUUCUCCACCCUGGUGAAACUAGUGUUCUAAAUCGUCUUUGCAAGCUAGGCACAGAUUAUAUUCGCUUCACAGAGUUUAUUGAACAGUAUACAGGACAUGUUCAGCAGCAGGAUCAUCACCAAUUACAGCAGGGGCAAGCUGGUCUUCACGGAAUUUACCUACGAGCAUUUUGCAGAGGCCUUGACUCCAUACUCCAGCCAUACAGACAAGCGUUGUUAGACUUGGAACAAGAGUUCUUGGCUGAUCCACAUCUCUCAAUUUCACAUGUUAACUACUCUCUUGAUCAGUUCCAUCUUCUAUUUCCAUCAGUGAUGAUUGUGGUGGAACAAAUAAAGAGUCAAAAGAUUCAUGGCUGCCAGAUGUUGGAAACUGUUUAUAAACACAGCUGUGGAGGGCUGCCCCCUGUCCGCAGUGCACUAGAAAAGAUCCUGGCUGUGUGUCAUGGGGUGAUGUACAAACAGCUUUCCGCUUGGAUGCUUCAUGGACUCCUAUUGGACCAGUAUGAGGAAUUCUUUAUUAGACAGGGAUCAGCCUCUGGCAAUGUUUCUGCUCAGCCUGAAGAAGAUGAUGAUGACUUGGGGAUUGGGGGUCUCACUGGAAAACAGCUGCGAGAGUUGCAAGACUUGCGCCUCAUUGAGGAAGAGAAUAUGCUAGCACCAUCCCUCAAACAAUUUUCGCUGCGAGUAGAAAUGCUGCCAUCUUAUAUUCCUGUUAGAGUUGCAGAGAAGAUAUUAUUUGUGGGAGAAUCUGUCCAGAUGUUUGAAAACCAGAAUGUAAAUAUGACAAGGACAGGUUCAAUUCUGAAGAAUCAGGAGGACACAUUUGCUGCAGAGUUACACAGGCUAAAGCAGCAACCUCUUUUCAGCUUGGUGGAUUUUGAAUCUGUUCUUGACCGAAUAAGAAGUACAGUUGCAGAGCAUUUGUGGAAGCUUAUGGUGGAAGAAUCGGAUUUACUUGGGCAACUAAAGAUUAUAAAGGAUUUCUACCUGUUGGGCAGAGGAGAAUUAUUUCAGGCUUUCAUAGAUAUUGCUCAGCAUAUGCUGAAAACCCCACCUACAGCUGUAACAGAACAUGAUAUUAAUGUAGCAUUCCAGUUGUCUGCACACAAGGUUUUACUAGAUGAUGAUAAUCUUCUUCCUCUGCUUCAUUUGACUAUUGACUACCAUGGUAAAGACCACAAAGACAUUUCACAGCCUCGAGAAGGUACCUCUCCCAGGGAAGCGCCUACAUCAGGUUGGGCUGCUCUUGGAUUAUCCUAUAAGGUGCAGUGGCCAUUGCACAUCCUUUUCACUCCAGCUGUUUUAGAGAAGUAUAAUGUUGUGUUCAAGUACUUGCUGAGUGUCCGCAGAGUACAGUCAGAGCUACAACAUUGUUGGGCUCUUCAGAUGCAGAGAAAACAUUUGGAGUCAAAUCGAACAGAUGCCAUCAAAUGUAGACUGAGAAACCACAUGGCGUUUCUAGUAGACAACCUCCAGUAUUAUCUUCAGGUGGAUGUUUUGGAAUCACAGUUCUCCCAGCUUCUGCAACAGAUUAAUUCUACACGAGAUUUUGAGAGCAUUCGGCUAGCCCAUGACCAUUUCUUGAGCAAUCUUUUGGCCCAGUCUUUUAUUUUGCUAAAACCUGUCUUCCACUGUCUGAAUGAAAUCUUAGAGCUGUGCCACAGCUUCUGUUCACUGGUUAGUCAAAACCUGAGUCCACUUGAUGAGCGAGGAGCUGCCCAACUAGAUAUCCUUGUUAAAGGGUUCAGCUGCCAGUCUUCACUUUUAUUCAGGAUUCUUUCUAGUGUAAGAAACCAUCAAAUAAAUCCAGACCUUGCACAAUUGCUGCUCCGUCUAGAUUAUAAUAAAUAUUAUACGCAAGCAGGAGGGACACUUGGCAGCUUUGGAUUAUGAAUCCAAAACAUCAUAAUAAUAACAAUGAAUCUGAAAAAGAAUGAGCAAUUUCCACUAUUUAAAUCUGUAUGUAUAAAUUGUUUAUAUGUAUAUCUAAAAAUACUCUGUUCUAGCAGGAACAUAUUGGUGAAACCAGUAUAAAAAUAAAACGUGAAGGAUACCCAUCUAAA